AGUCUUCGAACCGUCCAGCUCCGGUGCGGCCAUGCCGAUGUGCAACCCGACGCGUUUUAAGACCCAGAAGACGGGCAGUGACAGGGGCUGUCUGAAACUCGGUUUGCACAUCGCUCGUGAAAAGCGGCUCCAGUCCUAAUUCCUCGCUCUGCGUGCGCCGGGUCUAAUCUCCACCACAGCAGCGCCGUGCAGUGCAGUCCAGCGCCUCAACUCAGUUUUAGCCGGAAUGGGGAUGCGACGGGGAUUUUCGCUCUCGCUGUAAUCUAGUAGCAUGAAGCAGAAAGGACCCAGAUGUGCACACCAGAGGGAUUAGAGGAGAGAAGCGCAAAAUGAAGACACCAAUGCGCCAUGGGAUAGCUGUGUUUUUAGCUAUUACCAUGUGUACCAGCUUGUUGCUCGUGUACAACAGCAGCUACAGCAACACGCAGAAACUCCAAAAUGACUCGGAGAGCCGGGAGCACCAACCCACGAAGUUGGUGACCAAGCCACCAAGAGACCAGCUUUCACCCUUGCAGGGAUACAGCAGCAUCAUAGAUCACAAGCCUCUGAAAAUGCACUGCGACAGCUGUGCCCUGGUUACCAGCUCUGGGCACCUCAUUGGCAGUGGCCGUGGGGAAGAGAUCGACCAGACGGAGUGCGUCAUUCGCAUGAAUGAUGCCCCCACAAGGAGCUACAGGAAGGACGUGGGCCAGAAGACCAGCCUGAGGGUCAUCGCCCACUCCAGCAUGCAGCGCAUCCUGCGGAACCACAACGAGCUCCUCAACACGAGCCAGGACACGGUCUUCAUCUUCUGGGGCCCCAGCAACUACAUGAGGAGGGACGGGAAAGGGCUGGUCUACAACAACCUGCGCGUGAUGAACCAGGUGCUGCCCAGGCUCAAGGUGUACAUCAUAUCCAGGCAGAAGAUGCAGCAGUUUGAUGAGCUCUUCAAAAGAGAAACGGGGAAAGACAGGAGAAUUUCCAACUCCUGGCUCAGUACAGGCUGGUUCACCAUGACGAUAGCCCUGGAGCUGUGCGACCGGAUCAAUGUCUAUGGCAUGGUGGCGCCUGAGUUCUGCAAGGAGCCUCACCAUCUCCCCGUCCCUUACCACUACUACGAGCCCGCGGGCCCCGACGAGUGCACCAUGUACAUUUCCCACGAGCGCGGGCGCAGGGGCAGCCACCAUCGCUUCAUCACGGAGAAGCGCGUCUUCGCCAAGUGGGCCCGGACUUUCGACAUCCGCUUCUACCAGCCCGACUGGAGCCCCGCGCCGGCGCCCGGCAACAGAACAGCAGGGGCUCUGCCCUCCUGAGGCCGGCCUCCUGCCGCCGCCACGGGGGGACAGGGGCAACAGAGGCGGAUGUUUUAGGGGUUAUCGGGGUGACUCAUUGCCGGCUUUGGUUUGCGAACGACUGGGAGACGACGGACGACGGGGGGACGACUCUCUGGCGUUGCCGGCCUGCAGAGCAGAUCCUCCCAUCACCGUGACAACCGUAGCGGAAGCUGGCGGGAUUUCCGUGCCAGAGAACUACAGCGCCUCUCCGUUGGUAACAGGAACCAGCUAGUUAAUGAUCCUCGGUCGUACGCCUUUGGACCACGUAACUUUUUCAUUCCACUUCAAGAGGUAAAAUAGAAGUAAUUAGUUUGCAGAUGAUUUAUGAUAGUCACUUUAUUACCCUUUUAUGCUGUCGGAGGCAAUAGAGUGGUUUUGAUGUAUUACAGCUGUGGGCUCCUUGUGUUGCGUGUUUAUGUUACUGUUUUUGCUAAACGGUCGAUGAUGCGGUGGCGCUCCAGAACAAAGCACUGCAGAGAGAGGCGUGUCCUCGCCUGUAACGGCAGAGGCCUGUACCUGUGGCUCGGUUAAACCGUCAUCCACUGCGUUCCGCCUCAGUAUGGGAAAGUGUCAGACUUUGUGGGAUUUAGAAAAAGAAACUUGCUCAAGUCACGACUCAAACUUUUUGUUCGGAUUUUACCGGAUUUUUGCUUUUUCAAUCCCACGUGAACAGCAGCACCUUUUAAAGAUGUCCCAGAACUACUCAACAUACAAAAAUUAAAAUCAAUACUUCAGUCGGUUGGGGAAUUUGGAAGCGACAGCUUGAAAGGACAAGUUGAGAACUGCAGUGAACACUGAAAUCUUACUCGAUCUGAGCAUGGAAAAAGAAUAUGUGUUCUCUUCUAGUUGAGCUAUACAGUAAUGCUGUAUCAAUUCUUCCAUAAUCUAUUUUGUUUCAAUAUUUGAUCAUCGGAUUUCCACUAUCCAAAAGCAUUUGAUGUUCUUUGAUUUGACCAGCCAGUCCGCUCAUUCUCCAGCUAAUUUUCACAUUCUGCUCUAUUUGAAAGUACUGUACACAGGCUUUUAAAAUACAGCUCAGAUGGAAAUAUUAAAGUGGUCUUUAUUUGAUAUCUGA